UUGAUUGACGUCGUUAUUGUCCAAUAGUUUGAAGUUUAUGCGCAGCUGCAAUGAGAAGAAGGAACAGGACUUUGAUAGCGUGACAUAUUACGGAAAGCUAUCAAACAGAAAGAUGUCGUACGCCAGUGACAGACUUUGGGAUGGAUACGUGAGGCGGAACAUGGGGAUCAUUGUUUCCAAAGUGAAACCGACACAGAUUAUACCUUACCUUCCAUGUCUGACUUUACACGACAGGGAAAAUAUUGAGGCCAAACGGGACUUUAGUGGGCACUAUGAGGCCAUGAAACUUCUUCUUGAUUGUCUGAGACGAAGAGAAAAUUGGCCAGAGCAGUUCAUUGCAGCCCUUGAGGAAUGUGAACAUAAAGAACUCGCAUCUGAGGUCAGAAAGGAGUACAACACUCUGAUGGGCGUCAACAAUCCUAACCCCAGCUCCACCCCAACAACACUCAUCAGAGCUCAUGUCCAUCCAGCACCAGCUGCUGCUGUGGCUCCCCCAGUGGUACCUCCUCCAGCUAAUCCAGAACCAGCUCCCCUGGCUCCCCCCACACAUCAGCAAGCUGGCCAGGCUGAAGCCCUCUCCCCACCUGAACCGGUCCCUGAGCUUUCACAGUCCACCCUGAAUCAAGUUCCACUUCCUCCAUCAACCCCUCCGCCUUCUCCCGAAGCCCCACGGGAAGAGGUUCAUGCUCCCCAGAAUCUGAGUGAAAACUCUGAAUCAGACAUCCAUGAUGCCUCUGGAGAUGCUCGCCUAACUCCAGGUGAGAUGAGGUCAGGAAGCAAAGCUGUUGCUCCUCCUCAACACUACCCUCCUGCUCCGGCCGUGAAAAGGGACACGUCCCGUUCCCCACAGCAGAGCCCAUCCCCUUGUCAGAUUAACCCAGAUUUAAACAACGGAUCUUCUUCCCGUUUAAUGACUCCAGAGAAGCUUCCGGUCCAGGACACCGCACCUCCGGUCCACAAAGUUCCCUUGUCCACUUCUCCACUGGCUAAGACUUCUGAACCUGCAGUUACACAGGUUGCUAACAGCAGCCCACAGACGAAGGCUGCAGCAGCUACAGCCUCUGCAGAGUCUUGUGAUGAUGACGAUGACGAUGAGAACGUGUGUCUGAGCAAGCCGGGCCAAUUGUUCAGCGUCCAUCCAGAAAGCCAAGCCAUCGCACCUGUCCCAGCCUCCAGCUCACCUGCACAGCUGUUCUCUGGUAACAGUGAGCGCCUGGAAAUCAGCGAGUCUACCUCGGACACAGUGAGCCCGGCGCCGCCCUGCCACAACAACAGCGUUACUCCGAACCACAACGAACCUGAAGAGAACCACUACGAGUCUCCGAAUCAGAGCUUCGAGGUGGUUGAGAGUAUGAUGCAGUAUGCAGAAAUGCCCUCUGUUCCUAACCUGAAUGGUCAACCCACACAGUCUCUUCGCCCUGCCAACAGAGAGAGAUCUGAUGAAAGCUCCUCCGAAGCUCCAGGAUUCACCAGUUCUGCUAAUUAUCUUGCUAACGAGGGCUACAACCCCUCUGCAGCUAGUUUUUCACCUGAUCUGAAAUCCCAGCAGAAAUCGGAGAAAAACACGGGGACCUCUGUCUACCAAUCAAAUACCACUAAAUACAUUCUGGGUGCUGCAGGAGUCGGGGCCUGCGUGCUGCUGAUGGCAUGGAGGUUUAGGAAAUGAAAACCUUUAAUGGCAGAAAACAUACAAUUUUAACAACUCGUUUAUUCAGUCAUUUGCUUUACCUGCCGUUCCUGCUCUGGGCUGUGCUGAGCUGAUGUCGCCUCCAGCAGGUAGAUAGUGAGAGGCAUGGUUACACCUGGUCAGGUAAAGUGUUCCAUCACAGGUUUUAUGUAAAACUUAAAUGUAAAGGUUUGGUCUUUUCCUGCAGCCACUGGAUAGCCUGAUACAUCAGUGUAACAACUGCCUAUGAUAGACUUUAAUUAUGUGGGUCAAUCAUGUUGGUUUUAGCUUUGACUGAUUUUACUGAUGAACAAAUUAACUUUGUAACUAAAAACAGCCAAAUGGAAACCACCGGUUUUAUUUGGUUCACUUCUGAUUUUUGUUGGGACGUCUGGUUUGUUUUGCACUUGAUGCAAAUGAGGAUUUUAAAGAGACUUAAUGAUGCUGAAGCUUUGUUCUAAUCAUAAUCUUGUCUGCUGAUUUGGAGAAGGCCACUGCUUGUGAGAUUGGUUAUCAGGACUUGGGUUGAUGUGGAUUAUAGGAGGAGAGCAGCUUUGCAUAUUUUAAACAUCCCUUUGUGUUAAAAUCCCCGGGGAUUUGGGCUGCUAAUGGUGACUAGAGCUCUAUGUAUUUAUUUGUACAUAAACAAAAAUACUCUAGAUAUAUAUUUUUUAAAGAAACUCAAUUUUAAAAGUACCCCAAAGCACUAGUUUAAGACUACUUCGAGUCCAAGAAUCAGGGAAACCAUAAUACGUUUUAUUUUGGGUCUUUUUAGGGGUUUUGUUUCCUAUUGUAGGAAACUGGCUGCAAAAUCGAGAAUGGCAUCAUCUUCCAGUUUAACUUUGAACAAGAAUGUUUUAAUGACAGGUGUGUGUGACUGAUGACAUUAGAAAUGUGUGUUAAGUUGGAAAUGAGGAGCGUUCAAGUCUUUUCAGAGACGUGCAAAAGUUAGAUCUAAAAUUUUAUUGGCAAUAAUCUAAGUUGAAACUUAUCUUGGAUUGCACUGUAAAAAGAUACACAAACAUUUUCUGAACAUGCUUUAAUCCAGAAGAUGUAGCAAAGUUAUGAUCUUAUAUGAACAACACAGAUGCAGGUAAAUGUGAUUUCUCAUGACUUGUAAAACCCUGGUUAUGUUUUUUCUGCACCUUUUCUUUCUUCAGCUAUGCACUUCAGUGUUGUGAUAAAUAAACUUAGUAAUCACCA